AUGAAGGAAAGUCCUGGGAAGGCAUUUUUCCGCAGGGAGAAACGGAGCGAGUUUGCUGACUUGUCAUGGAGCGAGGGACUGGAUUUCGGCGCGUCCGAGGGUCGUGGCGCGUUGCUGGAUGGACAUAAACCGAGCAGGUCCGAUCUGAGGUGGAACAGAGACGAGGGGAAGGGAAAUAACCGCCAAGACGAGCACAAACUGUCCAGCAGCACUUUCUCGUUGACUGGGGACUCUGCGCACAACCACGCGGUCGUUUACUGGUCCGGACAAAACAGCAGCGCUGGAUCAUUUCCUCUGGAGCUGUUUUUGGAGGACUCUGACGACACGGGGGCCAUCGCUCUUUCGUCACUUUGUCGAUUCAUUGAACAUUGGGGUCUUGUCUGCAGCGUGACUCGCUCAGGGGGGAGAAAGUCGGCCCAUGUGGAGUCCUUGGGGGAUGCUGUGUCCUGUGAGGCGUGUGCACAGGACCAGUGCACUCAGUACCUGUCCAACUACUGCCCUUUCCACUGCUGGCUGUCUGUCCAUCUCCGCUAUGCUUCCCCUUCGCAUGCCUGCAGCUCUUGCAGUUCAUCAUUUAAGCUUCAGUGA